GAAAGAAUAAUAAUAUGUGCGAUAAUAGUAGUGUGGUUGCCUUAAAGCAACCACACUAAAGAACUGAAUGAGGAAUCUGUCAUGAAAAAUAAUCCAGAGACCAAAAGUUCACAACAAACUAACCCUUCAAACACAACAACAAUCUUUCAGAAAAAGGAUUCCUUACGCCUGUGAGCAAGGCCCUUUUAUUAGGCCCAGUGAUUAGGCAAUGGGGAGCAGCUGGCCUAAUUACAAUGAGCCGCACCUGCCCCCCUGCCUGUGAGAAGGGCCGGUGCUGUCCAUGGUGCUGCAGCUCUCCCAGGUUUCUGGAAUACCUGGGUGCUGGAGGGACAGAACACCAUCACCCUUCCUGGCACCACAACCAGCACAGCUAAGAUAUUUAAACGAAUGUGCUGGUUGCAGUUAUGCAAGAAGAUUAAAGGAAACCGUUUUGAAAAAAGUUUCAUUGCUGUAAUGCAUGUCAUGUAUCUUGAGAGCUUAAUUUUUUAUUUUUAAAAAUGUAUUUAUUUAUUUCAUGUAUUUAUUUAAAAACGUAUAUAUUCUAAGUUUAAAUGCAACUAGGUGCAUUGAACUGGCGCUUCAUUGAGACAAGGCCAGCAGAGAUAACAGCGGUAGUCCCAUUAAUGAGGCCAUUGUGAUGUCAUCGAGUGACAGAACCUCAGGCCUCUGACAUUGACACCCUGGAUAUGGACAAUCUACAUUAUUUUGAGUUUUACAGGGCAGAGGACAAGCAGGGUCUCAGGCAGAGGAGAGUCUCCAGAAGAGGAGAGUUCAGAUACAAUGAUGCCACCACUCUGUACCUUUCUUGUGCUUUUCAGCAAAGUCUAUGGCCUGCUUGGGGAGAACAUAGUUCAGCCUCACGCGCUUGUGACAGCUCAGCUGGGAGACAGUGUGACUCUCCCAUGUUUCUAUGCUAAAGAUGAUGAGCACUGGUACAGAUGGCUUAAGCAGCCUCUUGGACAGAAGCCUGAGCAAUUGUUAAUGAUAAAAAAUUCUGAACCUUAUACUAUAGAUUUCAAUGAUUUUAUAAACAGUACGCGCCUCAGUGCUAAAGCAGCAAAGGGGACCUCGAACCUGACUGUGUCACAAGUAGAGCCGUCGGAUUCAGCCACAUACUACUGCGCUACUGUGCUCUACAAGGAUAUCAGCUUUGGAGAAGGCACUACAUUAAUGGUCCUGGGGUCAGAGUCACACGACAGGACAGUAGUACUGCAGCAGCCCGAGUCUGAGUCAGUGCAUUCUGGAGACUCUGUAACUCUGCAGUGUACAGUACACACUGAGACCUGUGCAGGAGAACACAGUGUGUACUGGUUCAGACAGGGCUCAGGAGAGUCCCCUCCAGGAAUCAUUUACACCCAUGGAACCUGGAGUCAUGAGUGCCAGAGGAGCUCUGGGGCUGUGUCUCCCACACAGAGCUGUGUCUACAACUUCCCCAAGAGGAACCUCAGCCCCUCUGAUGCUGGGACUUACUACUGUGCUGUGGCCACCUGUGGGGAGAUCCUGUUUGGGAAUGGGACCAAGCUGGACUUUGAGCGGAAUGAACGACUUCCUCUUUUCUGCUUGGCGGGAGCUUUGACGUUGAGCGUGAUUCUAAAUAUUGUCCUCGCCCUGAAAACGAGAAAAUGCAGUGAGAACUGCAAAGGGUCUUCAUCAAACAACCAAAUGUCCAGAGAAGACUUGUCAAACAAACAGGGUCAAGAGGAAUCAAUGAAUUACGCUGCUUUGACUUUCACCACCAAGAAACCCAAAGUGAGGAUGAAGAAGAGGGAAGUGGAGAAAGAAACAGUUUACUCAGAUAUGAGAUUUAGAGACCGCGAGUGAAGCUUUCCAUAAAAAACUUAUCUUCAUCUCAAGAAUGAUCACCGUUUAUCAAAUAUUUCCUCACCAGAACUGGUAAACAUUAUAAUAUGUGGCUGAAAAUGACAGUUACAGGAUUUGCCUUGUUUUAAACUAAGGACCUCUUUGAGUUGUGCUUGUUCUUAAGUUCUGCUGUUUAUAAAAUAAACUUAAAACUUAAAAAAAUUGUA